GCAGUAAUGCGGAAGCAUGAAAAGCAAUUUUAUUUUCCUGGAUUGUGGUCUGAUUGAGAUCUUGUUAUUUGUUGCUUAGAACGACGCUUGAUCAAAGAAACGGAUGACUCGACUCCUGGAGUGUAAAUUACACCUUCCCCUUGAGCUGAGGCAGUCUUCAUGCAUCAACUGACUUUAAAGCACUUUCAGUUGCUUUGGCCGGCCUCAUCUCGCAAAAUGGCGAUCAAAAUGCCACUUCGUUAUGGAAUAUUUCGGUUGAAGCGAAUCUCCUCGAUGAGCGGUGGAGGCGUUGUUACACCUCAUUCUGCCAAUGUGGAUACUGCACCUUCUUUGGACUUGAGUAGAAAAGACUCAUGUGCAUUGAGUAAUGCAAUGUGGGUUGGAAUUAUGCCUGUCAUCGGCAGAGCUCAACAUUGAUAAGCGAGAUAAGGGAGAUAGAUUUGCCUUGAGCCCUUACUUCAAAUCAGUUUCCUUGUCUGAGCUCACAUCGAAUGUGUUGAUGUGUCAAGGAAACAAUUGGAAGACCCCUCUUCUACUUUCGCCGACGAAGGCCUCGAGGGAAACGAAUUUUAAAGUUCGCCUCCAUUGGUAAUUCAAUAUCAAGCACAUUGAUUUCUGGGUCAGGACAAGGGUUUUCCAUUACUAGAAGUAAUGGACCUCCAAAUGGGUGGAGCUGAUUAUCACCCGAGGUUACCCUAAACGAUACAAUGGUGAGCCUUCUCCGCAAGUGGUUUCUUUGGCGAAAUAAGCACCAAAAUGGCGAUGAGGUGACUAGACAAACAUCUCGGACAUCCACGUUGGUUGAGGCUGAAGGUGAAGAGGAUGAAUUGCUUGGCACUCAACCAUCUGGUAGUCAUAAGCAAUUGACUGAGUCGGAAUCAAAACGUGUUCAGAGACAAUCAAUGCGACGAAAAUUUAAGAAAAACCAGAGGAAUAGCAGCAAGAAGGUGAAGAGAGUGAGCUUCCGUAAUGGGUAUAAUAGCAUAGCUCCUGAAGUGCGACAUCAUUCCCUAAGCCGGGUCAUUGAAGUGCUAGACCAGUGUGAGAGUAGUUCUUUAAACCACGGCGUUAGGAAGAAAAAGACUCGAAACUUUUUGCUGGAUAGGAUUGCCAAAAUUUUGCAAUUUCAACGGCGGACAGUGGUUGGUCAAAGCCCUGCUCAAGGCAUGCUCAGCCCAAUGACCUCCGCCUCGGAGAACGACCUCAAUUGUACCCCCUCGUCUCCGUCAAUAUCGCCUUAUCGGUUCUCCGGCCACACCCUGGAUAAGGCUACCAAGGCCAAAGUAACCCUGGAAAACUAUUACAGCAAUCUCAUCUCACAACACAAAGAGAGAAAACACAGGUUGGAACUUCUAGAAGAAUCCCUCAAAGACGAUUCGAUAAGUGACGAUCUCAAGGAUGAGAAGCGGGUUCAACAUGCGGCCAAGGAGACCGAAUUCCUUCGCUUGAAACGCUCAAGAUUGGGCGUGGACGACUUUGAUCCAAUCAAAGUCAUUGGGAAAGGGGCAUUUGGAGAGGUUCGAUUGACCCAAAAGAUUGAUACUGGUCACGUGUACGCCAUGAAGAUUCUUCGGAAAGCUGAUAUGGUCGAGAAGGAGCAGAUUGCUCAUGUCAGAGCGGAAAGAGAUGUGUUGGUGGAGGCGGAUCACACUUGGAUUGUCAAGAUGUAUUAUUCCUUCCAAGAUCCCAUCAAUCUUUAUUUAAUCAUGGAAUUCUUACCAGGAGGUGAUAUGAUGACCCUUCUAAUGAAGAAGGACACUUUGUCAGAGGAUUGCACUCAGUUCUAUAUUGCGGAAACAGCCUUGGCCAUUGAUUCCAUCCAUAAAUUAGGAUUCAUUCAUAGAGAUAUCAAGCCCGAUAAUCUGUUGUUGGAUGCCCGUGGGCACCUUAAGUUGUCAGACUUUGGCCUUUGCACGGGCCUCAAGAAGUCACAUCGGACAGAUUUCUACCGCAAUCUCUCCAAGGCCAAACCCACGGACUUCACCUCUCAUCACUUAUCCAAUCCCAUGGAUUCCAAGCGAAAAGCGGAAUCCUGGAAGAGGAACAGGCGGCAGCUGGCUUAUUCCACCGUGGGAACCCCCGACUACAUUGCUCCAGAGGUUUUUCAACAGAAUGGAUACUCGUCGGCUUGUGAUUGGUGGUCCUUGGGUGUGAUCAUGUAUGAGAUGCUGAUUGGGUAUCCACCAUUUUGUAGCGAGAACCCACAAGAAACGUACCGCAAGAUCAUGAACUGGAAGGAGACCCUCGUGUUUCCGCCAGAAGUGCCCAUCUCAGAGGCGGCAAAAAUCACCAUAAUGAAAUUCUGUUGUGAGGAAGAAAAACGAGUCAAGACCUUGGAUGAUAUCAAGAAAUUGCCCUUCUUCUUGGGUGUGGAUUGGGGUCACAUCCGUGAUCGGCCGGCCGCCAUCCCAGUCGAGGUCAAGUCCAUCGACGACACUUCCAACUUUGAUGACUUCCCGGACGUGGAUCUGAAGAUCCCCAUGCCUUACAACAAUAACAAUCAAGCCCAGAGCUCCUCGUCGUCACCCAAUGAUAACUCCUACAAGGACUGGGUCUUCAUCAAUUACACCUUCAAGCGCUUCGAAGGCCUCACACAACGUGGGCCUCUCAUCCCGUCACGGCUUCUGGGAGCGGCUAAAUGAAUCGUGAGCCCUUAGGCUCGGUCUCGAGUUCCAUGCGGGUGUCAUGUCAACAAGCAAACGGAAACUUCAAACAAAAGCCUUGUCAGUGCAUUUCCACCAGGGAAUGCAUUCCUUCUUUUAGGGUUCAGCUCAUGUUAGUGCGUCAGCGUUAUUGUAAAACUCAUACAAGUUACUUGAUUUGUGAUAAAAUUGUUCUACAACCGUUCAACAAUCCGAGGUUUUUCAGUUGCGUUCUCAAUUGAAGCAACUCGAGUGAAACGAGACUGCUCAGAGCAGCUGACGAAACAAAAUCAAUAUGGGACAAAAAAUGAAUCGGAUAUUUUCACGCAAGACUCACCCAACUUGUCCUCCCUCUCUCCUGAUCCUUAUCCAAACACACAGAGUUCUACUAGAUGAAGACAAUUCCUAUAGUUUAAACAAGAGUGUUAUGAUUCUUGUAGGAUUAUUGCAAUUACCUUAUUACAUACAGCAUAACUAUUAUUAACAUUUCAAGUUGUCAUUGCAUAUCACCAAUAAAUUAUUUUUUUGUGACAGACAAAA